CAUCCGCUAGUGAAAGAUGUUCUCUUGCUGCUUGCCUACUUCCCGGGGCUCUGGCUUCCAGAAACCCCAGGGACGCAGCUUUUUCACAUGCCUAGACUUUGGUUCCACCGUCACACGCCAUGCCUCAGGGCAUUUGCCAGGCAGCACCCUAAGGCACUGUCUUUACAGAGCUCCACACAGGACAUGGGGCAGGAGUGGGAGGAAGAGAUCCUCUGCUCCACCUCCUUGAGGAAUGGGAAAGUGCCCUGAAUAGCUAACAGGGGCCAGUGUGGUCUCAAGGGUGAAAGCGCCUCAAGCACGAGGAGAAAUCAGACCUGCCUGGUGAGGCCCAGCCAGGUUGAGCUGCUGGAGGACCAAGUACAAUGCCUCGUGCCCACUUUGUUGUGCAGAGACAUCACCUACAUCUCCAGUUUCCUGGAUACACAGGAUUUGGCACCUCCCAAGAGGUGCUGGACAUGCUGUUUACAAAGGCCGUCUCCUCUAUCCUGGAUGCCUGGCUGAAACAUAUUCAGAGAAUUUUCACCAACCACCAGAAUUUCCUUGGCUGACAAAGCUGGCAUACACAAGGCUGAACAUACCGGGCUCAGACAUGGAGCAGCAUGCCCAGAGUCUUCUCACACAGUUCUCACACCUCAAGCCAGCAGAGCCAGAGGCUGGAGGUAAGGAGAACUGGGGGUGGCUGAGGUGGGACAGGCUGGGCCACACAGAUCAAACCUCCGUGGAGCUUGCUGGGAGCAUUGAGUAGGCUCAUACCCCAUCACCAUGGCCAGCAGUCUGUGGAAACCUCCCAGGGACUGUUUCGUAGACUCACACUCGUUGAGUGGUGGGAAGACUGUCCUUGAUUUGGGAGAGAUGUGGAAAGUCCAUUCUGGUGAUGAUACUUUGUCUUGGAGCUACAGCUUCAACCCCCGAGCAACAUCCUGAACCACCUAAACAGCCUGCCCAGGCUCCUACUGUGGGGCCAGCUGAACCUUCUGGGCCUGACCUGUUCGAGCCAGGCAUGGCAGUUGGUGCUGAGUGCUUGGCCCGAGUCAAAAUGCCAGCAACUGAGUCCAAGUCAAUGCAUAUCGUGGUCACACCUCUGAUUCAUUACCCCAACCUUGAGGAGCCACCUGCACCCUUGGCCACCCUGUAAGAAGAGCAUGCCCCAGUGCCCACAAUCCAGGUCCCCAACAUGCCAAAGCAUCAAUCAGCCUCAGUUGAGCAACCAGCUUCAAUCCCCAAGUAACAUCCUGAACCAAGUCAGGACGCCAUCCCAGCUACUACUAUGGGGCCCGAUAAACCUUCAGAGCCUGAGGUGAUCAAACCUGCCAAUGUUCCCGGAGAUGAGUGUUUGGGUUGAGCUGCAAUACCAGCUGCUGAGUCCAAGCCAAUGCACAUAGUGGUCACACUUCUGAUUCACUUUCCCGACCUGGAUGAGUCACCUGUACCCUUGGCCACCCCAGAGGAAGAAGAGGCCCCGCUGCCUGCUAUGGAAGUCCCUGACAUAAACAUACAGCCACUUGCCUCUGGUGAGCAACGACCCUCAGUCCCCAAGCAACAUCCUGAACCAUGUCAAGAGACCACCCCAGCUCCUAAGGUGGGGCCUGAUGAAGCUUCUGGACCUGAGGUGGUUGAGCAGGUCACGGCUGCUGGAGCUGAGUGCUUGGCCCAAGCCGAGAUGCCAGCUGCUGAGUGCAAGCCAAUGCACGUGGUGGUCACACCUCUGAUUCACUGUCCCGACCUGGAGGAGCCACCUGCACCCUUGGAUGCCCCGGAGGAGGAGCAGGCCUUAGGGCCAGCAAUCAGGGUCCAAGAAGUACUGGAGCAGCCAACAGACUCAGUGGAGCAACCAGCAUCAGCCACUGAGCGACAUCCUGAACCACCUCAAGAGCCCACCCAAGCUCCGACCUCAGGGCCAGCUGAAGCCUAUGGGCCUGAGCCGUUUGAGCCAGGCACAGCAGUUGGUGCUAAGUACUUGGCCUGAGCCAAGAUGCCAGCUCCCGAGUCGAAGCCAAUUUACAUGGCAGUCACACUGCUGAUUCACUGUCAUGACCUGGAGGAGCCAACUGGACCCUUGGCCACCCUGGGAGAAAAGCUCACCCUGGUGCCUGCUAUUGAGGUCCCAGACAUGCCAAAGCAGUCACCUGCCUCAGUGGAGCAACCAGAUUUGGUCCCUGAGCAAUAUCCUGAACCACCUCAAGAGUCCACCCCAGGUACUACUAUGGGGCCAGCUGAAACUUCUGGGACUGAGGUGUUCGAGCUGGACACGGCUGCUGGAGCUGAUUGUGUCGCCCAAGUUGACAUGCCAGCUGCUGAGUCGAAGCAAAUACAUGUGGUGGUCACACAGCUGAUUCACUGUCCCGACCUAGGGGAGUCACCUGCGCCCUUGGCUACCCCAGAGGAGGAGCAGGACCUGGAGCCUGCAAUCAAGGUCCCCUACAUGCUGGAGUAGCCACCUGCCUCCGUGGAGAAACCAGCUUCGGGCCCUGAGCAACAUCCUGAACCCCGUCAAGAGAUCUCCGCAGCCACUACUAUGGGGCCUGCUGAAGCUUCAGGACCUGGGGUUAUCGAGCCAGUCCCGGCUGCUGGAGCUGAGUGCUUAGCACGAGCUGCAAUGCCAGCUGCUGAGUCCAAGCCAAUGCACGUGAUGGUCACACCUCUGAUUCACUGUCCCGAGGAGCCACCUGCACCCUUGGCCACCCUGGAAGAAGAGCUUGCGCCUGUGCCCACUAUCAAGGUCCCCGACAUGCUAAGGGAAUCACCUGCCUCAGUAGAGCCACCAGCUUCAGUCCCUGAGCAACAUCAUGAACGAUGUCCAAAGACCACCAUAGCUACUACUGUGGGGCCUGCUGAAGCUUCAGGACCUGGGGUGAUCGAGCCAGUCAUGGCUGCUGGAGCUGAGUACUUGCCAGCUGCUGAGUCCGAGCCAAUGCACGUAGUGGUCACACCUCUGAUUCACUGUCCUGACCUGGAGGAGCCACUUGCUCCCUUGGCCACCCUGGAAGACGAGCACGCCCCGGCGCCCAUUACCGAGGUCCCCGACAUGCCAAAGCAGCCACCAGCCUCAGUCGAGCAGCCAGCUUUGGCCCCUGAGCAACAUCAUGAAUCACGUCAAGAGCCCUCCCCAGCUACUACUAUGGGGACUGGUGAACACUCAGGGUCUGAAGUGAUUGAACCUGUCAUGGCUGCUGGAGCUGAGUGCUUGGCCCGAGCCGAGAUGCCAGCUGCUGAGUCAAAACCAAUGCACUUAGCGGUCAGAACCCUGAUUCACUGCCCCGAUGUGGAGGAGCCACCUGCACCCUUGGCUGCCCCCAGGUGAGCAGGCCUUAGGGCCAGCAAUUGAGGUCCACGAAGUACUGGAGCAGCCAACAGACUCAGUAGAGCAACCUGCGUUGGCCAUUGAGCAACAUCCUGAACCACCUCAAGAGCUUGCCCGAGCUCCGACCUCAAGGCCAACUGAAGCUUAUGGGCCUGAGCUGUUCGAGCCAGGCACAGAAGUCGGUGCUGAGUGCUUGGCCCGAGCCGAGAUGACAGCUCCUGAGUCCAAGCCAAUUUACAUGGCAGUCUCACCUCUGAUUCACUGUCCCCACCUGGAGGAGCCACCUGGACCAUUGGCCACCCUGGAAGAAGACCAUGCCCUGGCACCCGUUUUCGAGGUCCCAGACAUGCCGAAGCAGCCACCAGCCUCAGUGGAGCAACCAGAUUCAGCCCCUGAGCACCAUCCGGAAUCACGUCAAGAGCCUGCCCCAGGGGAAUCCCUGGGGGCUCAGCGGUUUAGCGCCUACCUUUGGCUCACAGCACAAUUCUGGAGUCCUGGGAUCCAGUCCCCCAUGCCCGUCAGGCUCCCAGCAUGGAGCCUGCUUCUCCCUCUGCCUGUGUCUCUGCCUCUCUCUCUCACUAUGUCUAUCAUGAAGAAAUAAAUAAAAUCUUAAAAAAAAAAAAAAAAAAGAGCCCUCCCCAGCUACUACUAUGGGGCCCA